UAAACUAAUAUCUAUUUUUAGACGCGCUAUCUUAAGGAGUGAUAACGGUUACGCAUUCUUAUGAAAUCGCACUUACUUGGUAAUAAGAAGAGAGGACAGAAUAAUGGAUAAUUGAAAAUUACAGCAUUAUUAAUUAACUUACAACUGGAGAGGACAAUAUAGUAUAUGCCUUAGAUGAGCACGUGUCAUCCUUCACACAUCUGGCGGGAAACCAGACAUAGCAACAUUUUAAGGAUGUUUGGAUUAAUAAAAGAAAAGCACGAUGAAGGCAUGUCUAGAAGAUCACUUGUGCGACCACUUUGAUUCUGAUGAGACAAAGGACGGAAUAUCAGACAAUGGAGUUGUCACUAUGUGUUCUGACAACCUGGAUAAAAAAAUUGACCCUGUCAAGAUCUACACUAGAGACAGGGAUGGUGAUACAUUGUUACAUAUUGCAGUAAUUCUAAUGGCAUCAAAGUGCAUAAAGUUGUUUAUAUCGAAAGCACCAAUUUGUAAAUGGCUGUCUUUAAAAAACAUGUUAUUUCAAACACCUCUUCACUUGGCAGCCAUAACUAAUCAACCGGAAGUCACGAAAGAGUUGGUCGCUGCUGGUGCGGAAGUAGAAUUACGUGACAGAGAGGGAAACACAGCUUUACAUAUUGCUUGCCGUGAAGGAUUUCAGAGAAUUGUAGAAUGCCUACUUGAGCCAGUACAAGCAACGAGAUGUAAUGACAACAGUCCCCGUAAUCAAAAAAUCCCCCAGGACUUCUCAAUACGCAACUAUGAAGGCGUAACAGUUCUUCAUCUAGCAGCAGCGAACCGGCAUUAUGGCAUCAUCGAUGUUUUAAUUAACAAGGAAAUUGAUGUCAAUAUGAAAGAGGGAAAGACAGGCAGGACUGUACUGCACAAUGCUUGUUUAAGCGGUGACAUCACUCUUGUCAAAGUAUUACUACAACAAAGAUUUUGUAAUCUUAAUGCACGUGCAUAUGAUGGCAGUACGCCUUUCGACCUAGCACGUGCUAGAGGGCACGACAUGGUGUGUAUGACAUUAGCUGCCGCAGGAGCACGAUAUGGUGAUGACGAUUCAGACUCGGAGGAAUAGAAAAUUAACUGGGUCAAUGCCCUUGCAAUAUAUAAACUUCGUAAAGGACGAGUUUGAUCAUAAUCAUUCAAUUGGUAACACUAAUUAGAGUAAGAUUAUCAAAACAACGUCUGUGAUAACUCAGCAUUACAAUUGUAUACGCAAUGCGCGAAAUUACAUUUAAAAACGGGUAUAUUUUCUGUUGUGCGACUUUAACAUCAUUUUGUUGUAUGAGACAUUUGUCAUGUUCUUUGUUUAUAUCACUAGUGAUACAUUUUUAUUAUAUGACUCACAUUUACAACUGCAGUAAAUAUAUGAUAUAGAUAAAAGCAAGUGUUGUUGUUCCCCACCAACUGUAGUAAUAUAAUGUUAUUAAUCAAGCGGUU